AUGUCUAGCUUUGUGGGUGCCCUUGUUUCUGAUCAAUGGCUUCAGAGCCAAUUCACCCAAGUCGAACUUCGAACCCUCAAAUCAAAAUAUGUAUCCCAAAGAACUCUGUCGGGACGUGUUACUGUGGGAGAUUUGCCACAUGUUUUCAAUAAAUUGAAGGCUUUCUUUGAGCUUUUUACCGAUGAUGAAAUUAAGGAUGUAUUGGCAGAGUCAUAUCAGAACAUGGAUGAUGAAAUUGACUUUGAGUCCUUCCUUAGGGCACAUUUAAAUUUGCAAGCUCGAGCUAUAGCAAAAGAUGGCGGUUCAAAAAGUUCUUCUUCAUUUUUGAGGGCAGCCACAUCGACUAUUCAUCAUGCAAUUAAUGAAUCUGAGAAGGCUUCUUAUGUUGCACAUAUUAGCAGUUACUUGGCUGAAGAUAAAUUAAUGAAUCACUUGAAGAAAGCUGGAUAUGAGAAACAAGUUACAAAUUUCUCUUCUGAUGUAAAGGAUGGAGAGGCUUAUGCUUACUUGCUAAGUGCUCUUGCUCCGGAAGUUGCAGGCCCAGGUGCCUUGACCACAACUGAUCCUACAGAAAGAGCAAAGAUGGUUCUUGAGCAGGCAGAGAGAUUAGAUUGCAAGCGACACCUCACUCCAAAGGACAUAGUGGAGGGGUCUCCUAACCUUAAUCUUGCAUUUGUUGCUCAAAUAUUCCGGCAUAGGAAUGGCCUUACGAUUGACUAA